AUGUCGAAAUGUGGUGAAAUUCUCCGCGAGAAGACGCGCGUCCUGGCGAAGCGGCAGAAGCUCGUCGGCCUGAGCGUCGGCGGGAGGCCGGCGGCUGACGAUUGUCCCCUGGAGCGGAUACGCCUCAAGACUCCUCACCGCUUUAUCCUCAUGGGCACCCCAGAGGCGGAGAUUUUCGUGGACCCUCGCGAGAAGGAAGACCUACCAGAGGUUUUUGACGACUUCGAUUUGGACGUGUCUCACGCAAGUGAGGCGUGGAGGCAGGCCAUAGAAAACUCGGACAACUUGGCCAAGUUUACGGAGAAGACGGAGCUGCACUUCAUGAAUCCCCCACGAGACGGAAAGGCCCUUCUCGUCCUGGACCUGGACCACACCUUGCUAGACUUCACCACGCGGGAGACGGCGAGCCCCGAGCAAAUGAAACGGCCACACAUGGACUCGUUCCUGUCAACGGUGUACGAGCACUACGACCUGGCCAUCUGGAGCCAGACCUCCUGGAGGUGGCUCGAGCUCAAGCUCACGGAGCUGGGCUUCCUCAACAACCCAAACUUUCGCAUUUGCACCGUGCUCGAUAAGACAAGCAUGUUCGGGGUGACCUCCACCAAGAAGGACGGGGAACAGCGACGGCACCAGGUGAAACCGCUCAAGAUUAUCUGGGACAAGUACCCAAGAUGGCACGCCUCCAACACCUUGCAUGUCGACGACCUCUCCAGGAACUUCGCGCUCAACCCAAAGAACGGUGUUAAGGUCAAGGCGUUCCGGCGCAAGAGCGACGGGAGGCUGCCCACGGACGACGACGAGCUGAUGCUGCUGGCCAGAUACCUGGUGCUGGUGGCGAAGCGAGACGGGCGGGAGGGGAAAGGCUGGGAUGGACUCGAUCACAUGGACUGGAAAGGCGAGCUGAAGAGACUUGGGUAGGGUGGGGGUCACUGCUGCUGCUGCUGGACUCACCGCUGGCUUUCCUUCGGGAAGAGGCUUCGGAUAGCUUUACAGGGGCGCUGCUGGUCCUUGUAUUGCUUCACCAGAGGAUAGCCCUGUAGAGUGGUUCUGCUGCUCGGUGCUUCAGGACAUGAACUCGAGCGGCCCUUCCUUUUGUUUUGCUGCCGCCUGGAUAAGGCGUGGUAGAUGGCGUUUGCUCUCCCUCUCUCUCCAUUUUUUCUUGGACAAGCGUCCAGAGGGGGACCGCUAUCCUCCUCGUUUGGAGGGAGACGCUGCGAGAGACGCUGCUCUCUUUUUCCCGUCGUUUCUCUCUUGUCGAGUCGUAGUCUGGACAGGCAGCCGGGGAAAGUUCUUUUUGGGGGGGCACACCAGGCUGCUACGUGGAUAGGGGGUGCCCUUCACGCGAAGUGGGCGAGCGCACGGAAGGAGAGUGGGCGGUAGCCGUUACGGACCACGUUUCUCCUCGCACCCUGUGCAGCACAAGAACGCUGCUAAGGGCGCGAAAGAGGAGGCAGCUCGUGUAUCCCCAGUCUUGCCUGUGAGACAGGGGGCGGCAGCUGUUGUGUGUGCUCGUGUUUGUAGUGUCGUCCGUGGCAUGUACGCAGGGAGGCUUAUUUUUGUGGCUUGGCGCCAUAUCUUUUGAGCGGCUUCGUACGACUAGAAGAAGGUGGCCUAGCAACGCGCUUCAGCCGACGCUAGAACAAGGUUCCGGUGACAUGCCCGUGGAAUCGACGUCGAUGAUCGUCCCGUUGCUGCUAUCUAUGUUUGGGCCGCUUCUUCGCCUCUCCGUCAGCCCCGUUUUUCUGUCGCUACUGUCGUUGUCGUUGUCGUUGCUUGUGCCUUAGCCUGGCGCCUUUUUCACUAGUUCAGAUGUGCCGGGUGAUAUCCACCUCAAAACCCGGCCCUAGAAGGAGUCAGCAGGAAACGAGUUGGACCCUCGUCGUUUACUGGAGGUUGUGUGCUCCCGCGGGUGUUGGUUGGGGUCCUAGAUCUGGAGGUUGUACAAUGUGGGGAAUGUUUGUGUGUCCCAGGAGUUUUGACGCCGCGUUUUUUUUUUUACGGUGCCCCAGGUAUCGGUGUUCAAACAGGGAGCGAGCGCCGAAAGGGGGUGUGUUGCUUCGUGUGGUGUACUCAAAAUUCUCGGCAGGGGUCAUGAUGUCAUACGACACGGAUCGGUCGCAAUUUUUUUUUUUUAUCUUUCUUGUGUUGGUGGAGCAUUUGUGUGUGUCUCUGUCGGUAUGGUUCGAUUCGCUGCGCUGCCACAACAAGUUGAGGGUUCAAGCGCUGGACCGACGACCGCAUGCUCCAGAAACCCUUGGGAGCGUGACAUGUGUGACAUGUACCCAUUGCCUCCUCCCUGUGCACCGUGGUCGAUCGAUAAGUGUCCGUGUUUCGUCGUAGAGGCGGCCGCGGUACCGAAAUGCGUUUUCUUUUCGGAAUGGCCCCUGGGACGUAGAGGAGAGUUCGCGCUGAAAGAAGCACCUUCCACCGAAUAUUUAUAUGGUGGGAUCUAGUUUCUCCGCCGCAGACGGUGUAUUGUCCCGUUUUCUGUGGUCUACGGAACGUGAAGAAUGGACGGUAUUUUUCGUGCCGGUUCGACGAUAAGAUCUCGAAUUGCGCCGCUUUUUUGCCGUUAGGUGCUGUGUUGUUUUAUACGAUUACGUGCUUGCCGGAGACGAGACUACGGGGGGUUCGAAACCGAUUGGAUGCUCGCGUUGUGACGGAUGGCACGAAGUAGAUUUCACUUUGUGAGGCGCGUUGCGUCUAGCUAGACCUUUCAAGCCCGGACAGCGCGUUGUAGCCGGGAAUGGAGCAAAGCCAGCGGCGGCGGCAAGGAGUCGCGGGCAGUUCAGGGUUGUCGGUGUAAGUGACGGCGGCCCAAAUGUUUCAUGGAUUCGUCGUCACGUCGUGUGUUGCUGUUAUGGCGUCUGCUUGUCUUGCGUGCCAUUUUUUGUACAAACUAGGAGGGUGGAUGUGUUGCGUUGCACGGUCGACGGCUAGGCCUUGUUGUUGGAUGCUCUCACAAGCAGUGGUUGGAUCAAGGCGUGCGUUUUAUACAAUACUGGCACAGUAUAGCGUGGUGUAUUGAGCGCGUGUUGGGUGUCCUUCGGUAAGGUUAAGCUCUGGUCAAAAUGUCUCUUUGGCAUUCUAGCGGGGGAAGCGUCUCCGUUCCAGCGCCCGCGGCGGACCCUGCUUUUGUUUCGGAGCGGUGUGCAACCUUGGGGCAUUCAGUGCCUCUCACACGCCUGCUAUCCCUC